AUGAACAACAACAAAGACGCCAAGCGCCACCACGGUGCCACCACUAACAACCAAUCAAUAUUAUCCCACACCGAUUCCCAGGACGACGUGUUCCACUCCACUAGCGGUUCGCCUCUUCAACAGGAUGAAUUCCCAUCUUCUCCUUCUAAAGCUAUCGUCGCUUUCGACAAGCCUCCGGCAAAAGCUCAGUUGUCUACAGUAGCUUAUAACCGAUCUGCGAGGGAGGAUUCAGUGACUGGUGUCAGGAAGAUAGGCCCCGGCGGUGUUGAAGAGGGAAACGGUGGUGCAGGAAGAGAGAGAAGGUCUAGCGUGGGUACGCUGGGAUUGAGGAGGUCGAAAAGAGAAGUAAUGGUUGACAGAUCAGCAUUAGGGUUUAGGGUAUUGGAGUUGAUAUUAAGCCUGAUUGCGUUCUCUGUGAUGGCAACUGAUAAAACUCAAGGGUGGAGCGGUGACUCGUUCGAUCGAUACAGGGAGUACAGGUAUAAUUCUUAUUAA